GGGACAGCGGCUGUGGCACUUGGUAUUCUUGCCCGUAAAGAAAGCUCAACAAGCGCGCCGUCGCUCGCUCUGCACCAAAAAACAGUGCUCGCCCCGGGACAUCACUUCACCACCACCUGGCCCAUCACGAAUACCUGACUCGGGCCAGCUUUUCCGCAAACACAGACGAGUGCAGCAGCUGUGGUACGAGUGGCAUCUCAGCAUCGGGCCGAAACACUCUGCCGUGUUGAUUUUGGCCGGCAUUUGGGCACGCAGAGGGCGUCCCAGCUCCUGCCAAAGCCACGACUUGAACGGCCCAGCCUCGCCGGCAGCUUCUCCAAUCCGCCCUGUCGCCUCGUCAGCCGUUCACACGCGGAGCAUUCAAUCUAUAGGCUUUGCGCGAGGAGCUCGCCCUUUCGGUCGCUUCUGGCGCCAUGGAGCCGGAAAAGGACGACAACAAGACGCCCGGCAUCGUGCCGGGGCCCGAGGUCGAAGAGUUCGCCAACGCCCUCGACAGCUGCUUGGCUCCUGGGUUGAGCGUGGCCGAAAAGCGGGCGCGCGUCCUGGACCUCCCCCGCAAGUAUCACGAGAACGCGAUUCGAAGGUUGAUACAAACGACGCCGAAGCGCACGCGAGAUGGCCAGGGCGAUGUUGACAUGGACGCCUUUGAGCCCGUCCCCGCCAUCAUAGACCCCGCGGACCUCAAAAAGACGGAGCAGUUGGAAAAGGAGGUGCAGACGUGGGACCUGGUCCGGAGGCUGCUGCCAUUGAGGUAUCCCGAAUCUCGCUCGCCGCAGAAACAGUCAUUCUUUUCGUCUGCGCAUCCAAUAAACCCGACGCCUGCGCGCUCCCUCCAAGAUUUCGUCGACACCGACCCUAUACUGAAGGAGCGGCAUGCUGUGAUUCAGUGGCUCCAGACAAACGCGUCGACCGGCCCCGAUAUCGAUGAGCUGGCGCGGGAGCUGCAGGAAAACGCCGAGAGGGGGGACAUCAUCGCCCACGGAUGGCUACACACUCGAUCUACGAUCAAGCACCGCAAGCGUCUGACGGCGUGGCCGCAUCUUCUGGAGCGCCAGUCCUCCAACGUUGGCGGCUCACAUCUCAAUGCGGACGGUGCGCCGCUCGUCACCAACCUCGAUCCCGACGCCACCACGAGACAGGGCCGCAAGCUUGAGCCUCAAGACGACUACUUUGAGCGGGCUAUCUGGCUGGGCUGCUUUGAGCACCUCCGCCGGGGCAGCAAGCUGGACACUAUCCGCGAUUGGUGCCAGGAACGGACGGAGAUGUGGAGGGCGGUAUCCAUGUCCGGCCUGCUACUCCCCGUCGACAGUAGAGAGUCACUGGCCGACGCGCCGCCUGCGUCGAUUGUUCUGUGGAGGCGCAUGUGCCUGAGCUUAGCCCGCAAUGGCGGCGCUGAUGACUAUGAGCGCGCCGUGUACGGUCUGCUGGCCGGAGAUAUCUCAAGCGUUGAGAAGGUGGCCGAAACCUGGGACGACUUCGUGUUUGCAAGCUACAACGCACUGCUGCGAACACAGCUUGACAGCUUUCUGUUGGGACAGUGCCCGCCAGACGUGGCAUCCGGCAUAACACAGUCAUUCCCGUCAUUCGACGCGCUACACUUCCACGGCGACCUCGAUGGCCUCGAAAGACGACUGAUUGUGUCUUUGGAGUCUAAGUCUGCCACAAUGGAGGAAGCCCUGGAGCCCAACAAGGCUCUACAGGCUUCGCUGAUCGCCAAUGACGUCGACCGCCACCUGUACGAGCAGGCAUUGGUGAUGACCGACGACGCGAACAGGCAUCAGCGGUCGCUUCUUCUUCCUCGGAUCCUGUCUGAUGGGACCAACAUCACGCCGAACAAGUACUUUGGGCUCGACCAACACGACGGCCUCAGGAUUGUGGCCCACAUCUACGUGCUUGUCGCACUAGUGCGCCACUUUGAUGCACUGGAGGGACACACGCCGGACAUUACGACCAGCACCCAGUGGCACUAUAGCCAAGAGAGCAUCCUGGCGGCCUACACCGAGUAUCUUGGGCAGGCCAAGUUGGAUGAGCUCAUCCCCUUGUACUGCUCGAUCCUCGCACCCCCUAGGCGGUUUGAGGUUCUGAGCUGGAACAUGAUACACGAGCAGGACCCGAAUAGGCGUGUGACGCAGCUCAAGCUCAUCAAGCGCGUCGGCAUCGACGUCCUCCAAUUCGUCGAGACGCUGGCCAAACUCGUUUUCGAGGACCUCGGCGACCGUAGCGGCGGCGAGUCGCCCACGGAGCCGUUCAGCAUCCUGAUGGACGGCCCCCCCACGGCUCGACAGGGACGUGGUAUCAAGGCUGACUUCUUUGGUGACGAUGAAGCAGCGAUUAGUAUCAAGGAGGAGCAUGCCGUUCGAUCACUGGAGUGGCUGCUCCAAGUCCAGGUUGCGUGGCCUGAGGUCCUUCGCAUCGGCGUUCAAGUGUAUAAGCACUUCUUCAAACGGACGCAUUUGCUUGCGGCGCGAAAGCUGAUGGAGCGAGUGCAAUUUGACUCGAUCCUCCAGAACGUCACCGACCAGGAGGUUACAGACUGGGCAAUGCUUGACGACAUCGACUUCUGGGCGCAGCAGCUCGAGGAGAACGGGAUAACAACGGCGACUCCUGAAGAAGUUAUGACGAACGCGCGCAACUACCGCGAGCUUGAGUGCCUCGCCAAGGCUCUUGAUGGCCUCGAGACCCUUGGCUCGUUGAUUGAGCUCUCCACUGAGGCGCCGAGCGGAGAUCAGCCCAAGUUUUGGAGCGGGGUCGGUGACGCCGUCAGGGUGAUGAAGGAGAGAAUGGAGCCCCUGCUGGGAGGGUGGCUUUUGGCGAGCAUCGAGGAUGGCGACGAGGAGCUGGCAGAACUGAGGCAGGCCUACUUGCCGGAAACAAUACUGGGCUUCGUAAGCGGCCUGCACUACGCCGGGACCGGCCUCUCGCGGGACCACCUGCUCGAGACCAUGGAGCUGGCGACCAUUGUGGCAGAGCGGAACUCGGAUCUGACGGGCGUCUUCGUCAAGGCGGGCAGGAUGACGGAGUUGGUGGAGGCGUUUGCAGCCUGCAGCAAGGCGCUGGCCGUGGCGACGGGAGAGAAGAGGGCGACGGGCUCGAGCAGCAAGAAGCUGCGGUCAAUGGGCUGGUCGCGGGACUUGUGGGCCAUCAAACAGUGAUUGCGGUGGCGGGCAUCAGUUGCGACUUUGUGUUUGAUUCUGUGUACAAUGUCAUGUCAUGGCACGGGCGAAGGGGUGCGCAGGGGGCGUUUUGAGCCAUGCGAGAACAGGGAACGGGAGCCGGCGGGUGCGCAUGCAGUGGACGAGAUAGAUACCCACGCGCGCAAAUAGACCGGGUGAAGUCAUAAAAAUCUGCUGUUGGAGC